UGUUUGCUAGCCCAGUUUUGACAGUAUCCAAAACAUAAGCAAAAAUCUUCCAUUUUUCAAUCGAAGCUGGCUGUGCGUUUCGGGGAGCACUUGUCCUACCGAUUCGCCAUUUCUCGAUUUUCCGCUGGAAACGUGCUGGAAGUUUACGUGUUCGUUCGUUCGACCGUAGUAGCCCCCCCAGUAGCGACAUUCCAGAGAACUGCAGGCCAACACCUUCUGCAUCCCAAGCCCGUAUCGAGUGUGAGGCUUUUCCGCGAUGGAAGCCAGCGGCGAGCCGGUCGCCGUGGUUCCGCAACCACAGAACGGGGAUGAACCGAAAACGACCAUCAGCGAGCUGGAACCUACUGUCGAGCCAAAGCUACUACCAGACGAAACAGCCCAGACCGUGGACGAUGCCGGCGAUGGAAAGGAACAGCAGCAGCAGCAGCAGGACGAUGCCGCCGUACCUUCGGCACCCGUAGAUGGCGAAAAGGAAGCAGUUGCGACGGUGGAGGAGACGGCAGCGUCGGAGGGACUGGAGGGGAAAAUGCACUCGCCGCAGCGCAACCGGAGCGGUUCGCGCGACAGCCACACAUCACAGCCGGACCGUCGACGGCGUCGGAGCGGCUCGGAGGUCAGCGAGGCCGGUUCGCGCAAGAGCCGCAGCCGAUCGCGCCAGAGCCGGCGGUCGCGCAACCGGCGCAGCAGCCACUCGGCCAGCGUCAGCCGCAGCCGCAGCCGCUCGGGAAGUCGCCUAUCGUCGCAGCGGCGCGUCCGCACACCGUCCCGGUCGCGGUCGCGUUCCGGGUCCGGCUCGCGGUCCCGCUCACGGUCCCGCUCCCGCUCGCAAUCUCGCUCCCGCUCACGCUCCGGCUCCGGUUCCCGCUCACGCUCACGGUCCGGUUCCGGGUCGCGUUCCCGCUCCCGGUCCGGCUCGGGCUCACGGUCCCGUUCGCGGUCGCGAUCCCGCUCCCGGGCCCGUUCCCGCUCCGGUUCGGCCUCGAGCUCGCGGUCCCGCUCGUCCAAGUCGAAAUCGCGCAGCCGCAGCGUCAGUCGCAGCGUGAGCCGUAGCGUAAGCCGAAGCGUCAGCCGUAGCGUGAGCCGCAGCGUCAGUCGUAGCGUCAGUCGCAGCCGUAGCCGCAGCUCGCGGUCUGUUUCGCGCAGCAAGAGCCCGUCGAUGGCGGCCGGGGAGGAGAAGGCCGGACCGAGCAGCUCGGGCAAGCACGGCAAGCCGGCCAAGCGCAUCAUCGAUUCGGACGACGAGGAGGGCGAGGAAGGCGACCCGAGUGCCGGCAACGGCGAAGGCAAGGAGCGCGAGGAGGGGGAGGAGGACGAGCCCGGUUCCGGGGACGAGGGCAAAGCGAAGGGCAAGCAGACGCUGAUCGAUUCCGACGACGACGGCAUCAAGGACGACGGGUCCGACAGGGGGCAGUUCAUGUCGGACUUUGACAUCAUGAUGGCCAAGAAGAAGGAGGAAAAGUCGCGCCGCCGCAAGCGGAACGACAUCGAUCUGAUCAACGACAACGACGACCAGAUCGCGCAGCUGCUGCAGCAGAUGCGGCAGGCGGCCGAGCACGACCGGCAGCUGAACGUGGAGGGCAAGCCGGCAACGAAGAAGAUCGCCAUGCUGAAGCACGCGAUGUCGCAGCUGAUCAAGAAGGAUCUGCAGCUCGCGUUCCUCGAGCACAACGUGCUGAACGUGCUGACCGACUGGAUAGCGCCGCUGCCGAACAAGGCGCUGCCGUGUCUGCAGAUACGCGAAAGCAUCCUGAAGCUGCUGUCGGACUUCCCUACCAUCGACCGGUCUUACCUGCGGCAGUCGGGCAUCGGCAAGGCGGUGAUGUAUCUGUACAAGCACCCGAACGAAACGAAGGUGAACCGUGACCGGGCCGGCCGGCUGAUAGCGGACUGGUGCCGGCCAAUCUUCAACCUCAGCACCGACUUCAAGGCGAUGACGCGCGAGGAGCGCCAGCAGCGCGACCUGCAGCAGAUGCCGCGCAAGCGCAAACCGUCCCCGGACUCGGCGGCCUCCACCAGCAAGAGCCAGAAGGGUCUGCCCUUCACCGAGGCGGACAAAGGAACGUUGCGACCGGGCGACAAGGGCUGGAUACAGCGGGCGCGCGUCCCGAUGCCAUCCGACAAGGAGUACAUCGUGCGGCCGAAAUCCAAAAUUGAUGUAGAUAUGAGCAGUAUUGCGAAGAAGAAGCUAAACCGCUACGAGAAGCAUCUGAAGAAGUUUAUCGACCAGAAGAGACUGAACUCGACGCGCCGCGCGGUCGACAUUUCCAUCGAGGGACGUAAAAUGGCGCUCUAGGUUUUAGAUUUUUUGGGCUGGGUUUUUACACUUGCGGAGACGAGUGGAGGUCGCUUUCCCCCCCUCAAUUUGGCUAUUUUUUCUCAACUUGACACUUAUUCACAUUAUUUUAUUCAACUUUUCGUUUAAUCAUCAUCAUUUUGCGUAACUGAAUUUGGGGCCCUUCACGACCACAGGUAGCAAUAGGUCCAUUCGAAACACAGCCCACCCCGUCUGAGGGUCUGAGCGUUAAAGCAAAAUUCAUUUUUUCUCUCUAAUUUUCCUGAAAAUAACUGAACUUCGCUCCAAGCUUAUACUUAAUCAUGUUCGCACACCACCUACACAUCCAAUUAUAAUUUGAAGCGACAAUAAAAUAAUAAAAAGAAAUGGAGCAAAACAUA